CACAUGUCCUAUACCGGUGUCCUUAAAUGAUGCUGGGGCCGAAGAUGAUGAUGAUGAUGAUGAUGAUGAUGAUGAUGCCUUGUUAAGGGUUUUAUUUUUGGCUUAUUAGACUCUGUAUCGGAUAAACGACUUGGGGAGUUUUCAGCCCCGGGCGUACACAGAUCAAAAGCCGUUUCCCAGGCCGUAGAAAGACUCGGAGAUUAAGGGAGAGAGAGGAUAGAGAGAGCUGAAGCUCCUCUACCAUCAGAUAAUACCGCUGCCCCGGGCCGGGAUGCAGAAGAGAAACCAAGUCUCCAAAUCGCAGGAUGUGUGAAUAAACGCCAGGCAUUUAAAGUACGUAAACAGUGGGGAUAUCCGCGACUGAGUGAGUAUAUACUGCUCAGGCCUGUUAAGGAUUCAGAAAGGAGGAGGACGGCAUUUUAGACUCAUCUUUUUGAGGAAGAAGGGCCUCAUGGGACGCUAUGCAGGGUUAAAAUGGUUUUGCACGCUCAUGUUUUACUACAACCUGGAGAUUUCAACACUGGACGCAUACGAAUCGUGUGCAGUUGCGAUGGUGGACGUGCACUCUGGUGUGGGCAUACGUUUUUUGCAUGUGGACCUCUGAAAAACAGCUUAUCAUGUGGAUAUCUGCACUUGCAAGAUUCAUGUGACCUGGCAAACCGUGUUUCUCUGCUCACUUUUCGACCAGUUUGUCUCUCAUCGGAGCGUGAGCAUAGAUCACCUCAGAGUGAAGAAUGAGCUCUCAUUUAGGGCACAAGACAUCAAGAGCUCUGUUUCAUAUUUUGUACUCGUAAUUACGGUCUUUUCUUAGACGGACUGUUCCGGAGGGAAUCCAGACUCCAUUGAGAUUGUAGAAAAAAAAGUCAUAUUUGUCUCAUAGUUUCUUUUUUUCUCAUACUUUUAGUUUCACUGUAUACCUCUAUCCAAAACAGUUUUUUUUUUUCUUGUUGUAGUCUGACGUCAUGCUCACAUGCACUCAUCUGCUGUGAUGCUUUAAGAGAUAUGAGAUUGGUCUCAGAGCGAGUACUGUAUGAAUGCCUGAACUCAAGUUGCUGCUUCCUUUGAGCUCUUUUUGGUGUAACAUGGGGCUUACCAGAGAUUUGCACUAAAAGAGCUUUGCUGUCACUUGAUUUUCCUUUUAUUGACCAAAUCUUGUUACAUUCAAGCCAUAAGAACUUAUUUUUGAUGAAACUAGAGCUAUUUUUGUAUUACAGGAAAGUCAUAGUAUCGCAUAUUCCGUGUAUAUGAAUUUAGUCUAUUUUUUUAUGUAUCAACACAGACGUAUACAAAAAGACAUCUGCACUAUUUUAUGUUACCGUUUGUUUUCUUUUUAGAAAGAAAUGCACCUUGAUUUAUGAGAACAUAAUCUGUUUCACUAAAUUUAUUGUUACGGCCAUGGCCGCACACCAUCCUCACUCAGGUGGGAGACGAGAUUCCUUCACUCUCUGACGUCUCCCCCUGUUCCUCAGUUUUUUUGACGCCUCCAAAUGCCUGUGGGUCUCAGUGUGGGCGGGGCUCUCGGAGACCCCUCCCCAUCCCGCCCAUUCCGGCCCAGUCGCUAUGUGCCUGUGUCCGCAGCAACCGCCUUCCUUGUGGGGGCCACGACGCUGUUUCUCUGUUUCACAUGUCCGUGGCUGUCAGAGCAGUUCUCCUCUUCCAUUCCGCUCUAUAAUGCUGUGGUCUUCCUCUUCACACUGGCCAAUUUCUGUAUGGCCACAUUCAUGGACCCUGGCAUCUUUCCUCGAGCUGAAGAAGAUGAAGAUAAAGAGGAUGAUUUCCGGGCUCCACUUUAUAAGACAGUGGAGGUGAGGGGCAUUCAGGUGCGGAUGAAGUGGUGCUCCACGUGUCGUUUUUACAGACCGCCGCGCUGUUCACACUGCUCCGUGUGUGACAACUGUGUGGAGGAGUUUGACCAUCACUGCCCAUGGGUGAACAACUGCAUUGGGAGGCGGAAUUAUCGUUAUUUCUUUUUGUUCCUGCUCUCGCUCACUACUCACAUUAUGGAUGUGUUUGGCUUCAGUCUGCUAUACAUCCUCCAUCACACUAAACAACUGGACCAGGUCCACACUGGAGUCACUAUGGCGGUGAUGUGCGUAGCAGGUUUGUUUUUCGUCCCGGUUGCGGGACUCACUGGGUUCCAUGUUGUCCUUGUUGCCAGAGGGAGAACAACCAACGAACAGGUGACUGGGAAGUUCAGAGGCGGCGUUAACCCCUUCACACACGGGUGCUUAAAAAACAUUGCACACGUGCUGUGUAGUUCACAAGCUCCCAGGUAUCUUGGUCGCUUGCGAAAGCCUCAAUCUGUUCAGGUCCAGCCACCAUUUCUCCGGCCGCCUCUAUCUGAAGCCCAACUAGCUGCUAAAGUCCUGGAUAAUGGUAUCCAACAGUCUAAAAGUAGUUUGGAGAUAAUGGAGAGUCAGUCCACUGAUGCCGAUCCCCCUCCACCACCUAAACCAGAGCACAGAUACCCUGGGCUGCCUCACACACAAAAUGAAGAGUGCAGCCUGCUGACUGAAGCUCCACCCACACCUUCAUUGUAUAAAUACAGGCCGGCCUAUAGCAGUCCAGGAAAAAACCACACAGCCUCAACACAUUCCAGCAAGAUGAGUCGAGGGAACAGUAUGACCGAGUCUCCCUCUGUCCCCGUCACCACUGGGCAGCCCAGCUACCGCUCAGACCCCAGUUUGUCAAGCCGAGGGGGUGCAGGGUGCCGUGGGGGAGGGGAGGGAGGUAGAGCAGGCUCGGGGGGCCUGGGCGGGGCCUCUGCGUUCGGUGGGCGAUCUUACCCUUCUUUUACCGACACCCUACUCCAAUCAGCAGCAGCCUCUUGCUCCUCAAGCCUUCGCUCGGCCCAUACGGCCCACAACGCCCUCGGGCCCCUCAUCUCUGAGGGUACGACCUCCACUAGCUAUAAGAGUUUAGCCAAUCAGACACGCAACGGCAGCUUGUCGUAUGAAAGUCUGCUGACGCCCUCCGAAAGCCCGGAGUUUGAGUCUGCUGCUCACGAGCUGUCCCCGCCCAGACCGCACCCUCCGCACUCUCUUAGCACAGCACCGGGGCCCCCGCCUAUUUUGGGGUACACGUCCCCUUUCCUGUCUGCUCAGCAGAGGGAGGGCUCUCUCCAGGCCUGCCCUGCCCCCCUAAGACCCUCCCCCAACAGAGCUUUCCUGCGCCCAACGAGCUCACCCCCUUCUCGGGCUCCGCCCCUUUCUCCUCGCGCUCGUUCAUUGGGCUCCCCUCCUCCUGGCCCCGCCCCUGGCCAUACACCUCUGGGCAAAUCACUGUCCUAUGGAGGUGGCGCCGAAUUACAGCACCGCCCCUCUAGCUCAGGGGGCGGGACUCCGAUGCCGAAUAACACUGUCUCUUUCUUCCUGCAACCCAUGGCCACUCUACUGUCCCUUGAAUUUCUGUACACACCCUCCAUCUUUCUCUGUCCUUUUUCCUUCUCUGUUCUCUUUCUUUACGUUCGUCUGCUCUCUUCUGCCCUCCCCUCCUCCUGCCUUGUGGCCAUAAGGAUGACUCUGUCUCUGUGCUAAGCUCGACUAUUAAACAAAACGUGGCCAAUCAUAACACCCACUCACACAAACCUGCAGGAGGGGUGAAGAAAGUGACUGGUGUUGGAGGAACAACCUAUGAGAUUUCAGUAUGACUGACGCAAAAGAAUCAGGAUUCACUCCGCAGUUUUUCAGUCAGAUGGAUGUAAAGCUGCUCAACCACACAUGCAAAAAAAGCAUACAAGACUACAAAGAAAAAUCAUAAGUGUUUCCCAGUCUUGUGGAGGACGUACAAUGAGAACAUGGACAAGUGAAGACAAAUCUACAGCGUUUGGUUUUCCGAAUAUCAGUAUGGUACACAGAUCCCACAGACUUUCUUAGUUAUUUAACAAAUCAUUUGGUACUUAAGUGUAUUACCUACCGAUUUGUAUGCAAGACUGUCCAAUGAUCAAUGGACAUUCAGCCUUAGUAGGCGGGACCAUGUGAGACACACUGAUGCCUCAUUCAGAAUGACGUCAACAGAAACCACAAGCCUCUCAGCAGUCAGUCAAUAAGCGUUUGAGACAUUGACGGCGUAAAUCACUGUUCAGUCUUGCUAUUCCACAGCGCUCUGUUUCAACCCCUUAAAGAGACAGUUCACCAAAAAUGAAAAUUCUGUCAUUCCAAACCCAUAUGACUGAUUUUCGUUGAAAUGUAGUGAACAAUGGGGGCUUUGAAAUCAAAAAAGGUAAAAAAAAAUGCUGAUGGCUGAUCACAGAACUGUCAUUUUUGGGUGAACUAUUUUUUUUCAUUAAUAUUAUUAUUUUAUACAGGUACAGAUGUAUAUUCUAAGUAUUAAGUUUGAUAAAGAAGAUUAUAUUAAGAUGCAGGCAUAUAUGAUGUAUGAUUGUUUGUUUUCGGUUGGAUGGUGUUUGUUAGAUUUAUACGGCUGCAUCAGCCAGAUUGAAAUCCUCAGCCAAAGAGACUCGGUCUGUUUGACGGAUAGCACACUCGGCAAAUAGGAGUGAAUGUAUCUAAAGACACACAAGUUACUAGAGCACAAAAUAUUAAGCGAAAGAUUAUUUACGUUAAGUACUGAAGAUAUCGUAUGCAAAAUGUAACUUUGUGUCGGCGUGUGCACCAAUCGAGAGCUAUACUCUUUUGACGCAUGGUCAGCCAAUCACAAGAGAGUUUAUUUAUUUAGCCAGAGGAGGCCAGUGCAAGUACAUGCUGGAUGCACCAUCGUAUAGAUGGGGACGUUGAUUUUAAAACUCAUUAUUUUAUGUUAUUUUAACUUGUUUUUUAAACUGGACAUUGGUUGAACAGCCGGAGUACAGUGAUUAUCUCCUCAUAGAUAUAUAAGUUUGAUUGUAUUCGUUUAUGUGAAAGAAUGAGUGUGAAAUUAGAUUUUUUUUUACCUGACUGUUGUACAAGAGCACAUUCCAACUCUCCUUUCGGUUCAGAUCAGAGGUCGUUCACGUCUUUUGUCAGCUUUUUGAGGUCUGUGGACCAGCGACCGGUCAGACUAAGAUAUAAACCGCUUAUGCAGAGACACAUGUGAGGUUUUUUUAAUCUUUUGUCAUUUCCACCAUGGCCUUAUGAUGCCUUUUUAACUGUUAUCAAGGGUAUUUCAGUCUGCGUAAUUGGCUCUGAGAGAUGACAGAUUGUUGGGGAUUGUUGUGUUGAGUUUUGGGUGAGAAUGCAGACUUGUUUAACCCUUCUGUAUUCCUUUAAUGCCGCUGACUCUGAGUCACAUGAGCAACACAUUUUCAACAGAACAAUAAACAACAGAAUGAACACAU